ACUCACAUGCGCGUUUCCGGUUUUCAGUUUUGAUUUUGAAGUGCGCACGAGGCCAUGCUUGCCUGGAUUUGAGUAGCAUUUGUUUUUCAAAAAACGCGUUUUGAUUUGAAAAUAUAAAGAAAUUGUGGGUGAACUAAAUAUUUCAUACUUUCGUGUCUUAAGUAGAGGACUUGAGCGAGUCAAUUCGGAUUUCGUUCAUUUUCCGCCAUUUUAGUAAAAUGUCGGACCGCCAAUCUCAGGGACGUGCCCGUGCACGCGGCUACACUGCCGUCAAUCUGUCACAUGAAGUCCGGGAAGGCCGAGGUCAAGCUCCCGUCCGCGGCAGUGGUGUUGGAGUCACGGGGCCACGCCCUACUUUCCAGCAUCCGGGUGCUGAAGGACGUGCAACGUCCCAUCGCGAUGCUGCCGGCCGUGGAGCAACUGGUUCCCCCAGUGGAAGUGGAAGUGGCAGCGGCAAUGGAAACGAUAAUGGCAACGGUGCUGCUGCAGGACCAAGUCGGGGUGCAAUGCGUGGUCGUCGCCCUGUAGCCGAUACGCUCCGUACUCGUGCCUUGGAUGCUCCUUCAAAGCAUGGAACCACAGGACAACCGUUGCGUCUUCAGGCCAACUACUUCAAACUUAUGAAGCACAUCGAAUGGACGUUGUACCAGUAUCGGGUGGAUUUUGCUCCGACUUGUGACAGUAUUCGUUUGAUGCAAGGAUUGAUCAGUCAGCAUAAGAAGACGUUUGGUGGUUACUUGUUCGAUGGAACGCAGCUGUUUAUGGUGAACAAACUUCGAAGCGAACAGCUAUCGUUGGAAUGUCGACACGAACGGACGGGCGAGGUGUAUCAAAUCAAGAUCGUCCACACCGGCACCGUAGACAUGACGAACGAAACCGGUAUUCAGGUUCUCAACUUGAUCCUUCGCCGCGCCAUGGGGGGAUUGAAUCUUCAGCUGGUUGGACGAAAUUUGUUCGACGCUGCAGCCAAAAUUGCCAUUCGGGAAUACCAAAUUGAACUGUGGCCAGGUUACGUAACCAGCAUCCGACAGCACGAACAGGAUAUCUUGGUUUGCUGUGAAAUUGCUCACAAGACCAUGCGGAUGCAAUCCUGUUACGAUGUGCUGCGAGAUUGCCAGCGACACGAUCGAAACUACAAGGACGCGUUCACCCGCUCGAUCCUUGGGGUCGUUGUAUUGACAGGGUACAACAACAAGACCUACACAAUUCAUGAUGUCUCGUUCGACACCACGCCAUCGAGCACAUUCGAAACUAAAAAUGGAAAAAUUUCGUUCGUGGAUUACUAUCAGCAGAAGUACAACAUCCGGAUCCGGGACCCCAAUCAGCCGAUGUUGCUAUCCCGUGCUAAGAAGCGAGAUCUCCGAGCCGGUGGCAACGAACUUAUGGCUCUGGUUCCGGAGCUCUGUCAAAUGACGGGGCUUACCGAGCAAAUGCGGAGUGACUUCCGAAUGAUGCGCGCAAUGUCGGAUCACACACGACUCAAUCCGGAUCGACGAAUCGAGCGUUUGGAAACCUUCAACCGACGGCUGCAAACCACACCAGAAAGUACGGAGGUGUUCAAGGUUUGGCAGAUGGAGCUCGACAAGCGCCUGAUUGAACUCCCGGGUCGAAUUCUGCCAGUAGAAACAAUCUUCUUCUCGACUACAGCACCUGGUGUUGCGGCAGGUGAUAAUGCGGACUGGACGAUGCACUUCCGGAACCAACCAAUGUUUGCGACAAUUCGACUGGAUCACUGGUACCUAAUCGUACCCAAUAGAGUCCAGCGGGAAGCCAAUGACUUCAUGGGCUGCUUGAUGCAGGCGGCCCGCGGAAUGCGAUUUGAAAUCCGACAAUGCGAGUUCGUCACCAUCCCGGACGACAAUCCGGGAACGUACGUCCGCAUGUUGGAUAAUCUGGUAAACAAAGAUCCACAGUUGAUUAUGUGCGUUGUAACAAAUCAGAAAGCCGAUCGUUACACGGCAAUCAAGAAGAAGUGCUGCGUGGACCGCGCUGUACCGACGCAAGUCAUUUGCCAGAGGACCAUCACACCGAAGGGAGGCAAUGUGCGUACGCUGAUGUCAGUGGCGACGAAAGUCGUCAUCCAGAUGAACUGCAAGUUGGGUGGUGUUCCGUGGAAGGUUAAAAUUCCUCUCAGCGGUCUGAUGACUGUCGGAUUCGAUGUUUGCCACGAUACAAAUGAUAAGUCAAAAUCCUUCGGAGCAAUGGUGGCCACGUUUGAUUUCGAUAAUCGCUGUGCUCCGAAGUUCUUUUCUACCGUUAGCCAGCACGGACACGGUGAAGAAAUUUGCAACUAUCUGCCGCUGAACAUGGUGAAGGCACUCAACGAGUAUCGCAAGGAGUACAAUGCACUGCCGAAACGUAUCUUCUUUUAUCGGGAUGGUGUGGGCGAGGGCCAGUUGCAUUAUGUGUACGAGCACGAGGUCAAAGCCAUGGUGGACAAGCUGAACGAGAUCUACAAAUCAGCCGGCGCGGGGCAAAGUGUCAUGCUUACCUUCUUCAUAGUAAACAAGCGCAUCAACACCCGAUUUUUCGACCGCAGGCAGAAUCCCAAGCCCGGAACGGUGGUCGAUGACGUGGUUACGCUUCCGGAGCGCACCGAUUUCUACAUUGUAUCGCAAUCGGUCCGACAGGGAACGGUUUCCCCAACGGCGUACAACGUCAUUUAUGACACGUCCGGAUUGCAGGUCGAUCACCUACAGAUGUUGUCCUACAAGCAGUGUCAUCUGUACUACAAUUGGUCCGGAACCACUCGGGUACCGGCGGUCUGUCAGUAUGCGCACAAGCUGUCCUUCCUGGUCGGUCAGUUUAUCCAUCAGGCGCCGAGCAAUCUGCUCGAAAAGAAGCUUUACUUCCUGUAGUGAAGUAACCAAUAAUUGACACCAUUCCCUCAGAGAUGGUCUGCUUCAAACGUUAUCAAUACUCAUUUCAUUAUCAUGGCUGCAAGAACGGUUACUGGACUUUGUUCCCGAUUUUUAUUCUAGAUUUUAUGAACUUGACCUUUAAUACGGUGUAUGCUGAAGUAUACGCAAAUGUUGUUACUGUUAACAAUUGUUUAGAUAAUAGAUUUUUCUUGUUGGACCUGAUUAUUUUAU